GUGUAGAAGAAGGAGGGAGCGAAGAAGAAGGAACGGGGCGAAAACCGUUGUUCAAACGGGUGUUUUUCCUCAUAGACAACGAAAAAAGCAGCUGAACGGGGUACUCCGGUAGCAGCUCACGACGUGCUAUCAUAUAUAGAAGUAGCAAAGGUAUCUUGUUUUUACAUUUAGAAGUAUUGUUUUUAAAGCUGAAGUAGCAGUGACAUUAGGUUAUAUAGCUAGCCUUAGCUUUAACCGCGGGCACGUUUAUCGCCAUUUUGCGCAUUCAACAGCCAAGACAUUCACUCGCCUGCAGCAAGUAUGGCAGAGGCAGACCGACCGGGGAAGUUGUUCAUCGGUGGGCUGAACACCGAGACCACAGAGAAGGCCCUGGAGCAGUACUUCAGCAAAUAUGGCAGGAUUGUCGAAGUUCUUUUGAUGAAAGAUCGUGAAACAAACAAGUCAAGGGGCUUCGCUUUUGUUACUUUUGAAAGUCCAGCUGAUGCCAAGGAUGCAGCACGUGAGAUGAAUGGAAAGUCGCUUGAUGGAAAGCCUAUCAAAGUGGAGCAAGCUACUAAACCUCAAUUUGAGAGCACUGGCAGGAGAGGGCCUCCACCUAUGCACUCCCGUAGUCGGGGCCCACCUAGAGGCCCCCGAGGAUCUAGGGGAGGUCCAGGUGGUAUGAGGGGCCCACCAUCCCGAGACUACUAUGAUAAUUCAGGGAAUGUAGAACCCUUCUUUAAAGGGAUGUCAUCCAGAGGCCCCCCUCCAAUGAAGAGAGGGCCCCCAGUCCGAAAUGGAGGUCCACCACCCAAGAGGUCUGCCCCCUCUGGGCCGAUGAGCAGACCACCAAUGUCAAGGGACAGGGAUCCCUAUGGCCCUCCUCCUCCUCGCAGAGACUCAAUGAUGUCCAGGAGGGAUGAUUAUCCAUCACCAAGAGAUGAUCACUACAACUCAAAGGACAGCUACUCUAGUCGAGAUUAUAAUUCCAGAGAUUCAAGGGACUAUGGACCUCCUCCCAGAGAUUAUUCUUACAGAGAAUACUCCAAUUCCAGUUCCCGAGAUGACUAUGGCUCAAUGUCAAGGGGCUACAGUGACCGUGAUGGCUAUGGUGGUGGUCGGGAACCCAGAAGCUAUAUGGACCGUCCAAGUGGUGGCUCCUACCGAGAUUCCUAUGAUGGUUACGGUAACUCUCGCAGCGCCCCACCCUCACGGGGCCCCCCACCAUCCUAUGGUGGGAGCAGUGGAAGCAGUCGUUACGAUGACUAUGGCAGCAGUUCCCGGGAUGGAUAUGGCAGUCGUGACAGUUACCCCAGCAGUCGGAGUGACCCAUACCCACCUAGCCGUGGUGAGCGAAUGGGCAGGCAGGAAAGGGGCCCAGCUCCCCCUGUCGAGAGAGGCUACCCUCCUCGUGAUUCAUACAGCAGCUCAAGUCGCGGAGGGCCACGAGGUGGCCGUGGUGGCAAUCGAGCUGAUAGAGGAAUGGCUCGCAGCAGAUACUAAGAUGGACUUGGAAAUGGAAACAAAGAAAACAUUAGACUCCGUGCACAAUUAACACGUGUUUUGAAAGAAAUCUGACAAGACAAACUAGUCAUGUCUAAAUUUGUGGAGUAUAAAGCAUAACUUUGAACUGUUAUCUUGACUUUCCCAGUUUUUUAUGUGUAAAGGGUUUUGUUUUUUGUUUUUUUAAUUAGUUGUUCUCUUGCUCAUGUAACAGUACAGUUACCAAGUGGGUGUUUUUGUACAUUCAGUGCUGUUGGAAUUUGCAAUGCCCUAUAAGUCUGGCUUUCCUACUCUACUAAUAAAGCUUUUAGUUGUAUCUUCACAACUGGUCAUCGAUUUUCAAAUGAAGACCAAAGAUGGUAAUUUGAGUGUAAAAGAACAACUUAACUACUUUUAAAAAUCUUUGUAGAGCAUAGAUAUGCCUUUGCUCGUUCUAUUUAAAUAGUGGAAUAAGUUCAUUCUUAACAUAGCUAUGCUUCCAACUGGACCGUACUGUUUUAGAGGGUUCAGCAGGUGUUACUGUCAAAAUGUUCCAAUGUAUUUUCCUUGGAAAUGGAUUCAUCACCCUUGAGCCAUUUGAUGGCAUGCAACGGCAUAACCAAAGGCAACAACAACCAAAAGUGAGAGUCUUUUCAACUCGACUGGUAGUCAACAGCUGGUAAGCAAAGCAAACCUCUUUUUCUGAUCUGUAAAUGAGUUUCUCAUUGUCCUGUAUUUCAAUCCCUGCUCAAAUGGUGAUAAUCAAGACAACUUUUGCCUCAGUGGACAUAAGAAAAAAAGGAGGUCAACUGAAUGUGCCUUUUUCAAUGUUUUCAUCAGCUAAAAUUGUCAAAAGUGCAGCAACAUCCUAAUUUUCGUCCCUGGUCAACUACAAUUACAACAUUUUUGCCAACUGAAUCCUCAGUCCAUGGAAGAUUUUUGCCUAAACAUUCAUCCAACCUGAAUAAGAACAAUUGGUUACAGAGCUUGAAAAAAAAAAAAAAGCAUAAAAAAACAUGCUUAAGUGAAGCGCUUUAGUAAUGCUAGUUUUUUUUUUUUGGUAAAAUUUAAAGCCAUUUUUAACUAAGAGCCAUUUUCUCAGUAUCAGAAAACUUCCACAAGCAUGCCAAUUCAAACACUGGAGACCUCUGGAAGAACACCACCGUCGUAAAUGCCAAACUGGAAGCGAUCACUGAAGACAAAUCAGUCAAACCAAGGAAUACAACAACAUUUUCAGAUAUUUAAUGAAUACAUAAUUGAAUGAAAAACAGCAUAUUAAUGUGUGUACUCUAAUUACAGGAUGAAUCUCCCUCCAAGGCAAGUGUCCUUGCAACAUACCUGAAUGAAUUAUGUCCUCAAGUAGUUGGACCAGUGAGAUCGGAGCACCACUGCAGAUGCUGGUAGUGGCAUCUGUUGAAACAGCUGCUGGAUCUUCAAGGGGAACAACGUGUUGAAAGUGGGAAGAACAACAGGCGGAGGAUGACUCAAAUACAGUUUCUAGUGGUUUCAAUAAAGACAUUGAAAAGA